AAAAAUUUCAUCAUCAUUCAAUUCAACUCAUGAGAACGGAGAUAACACACAAACUUGUGUUUUGUGAUUAAUUUUUUUUAUAAAACAAUUGAUUAAAUUAUCCAGAUACAAACCAUGGCAGUGCCCAUUACAUCAAGAUUUCUUAAAUUUGGUAUUGAUAGUUUUUGUCAAAUAACAAAAAAAAGUGUUUUAAGGACACAAUCAAUAAAUUCGUUGUUAAUAAAUCAACGAAAAAAUUAUGGCACAGCAACAGAAGAAAAAAAAGUUGAUGCAGAUGCACCAGCAGAUACACCAGCAGAUGUACCAGAGACUGAAAAAAAAUUAAAAUCUGAAAUUGAAGAAUUAAAUAAGGAGCUUGUAUUAUUGAAGGAAAAAAAUAUUGAACUUGAUGAUAAAUAUAAAAGAGCAUUAGCUGAUGGUCAAAAUACAAGAUUACGAUUAACAGAUGCAAUUGCUGAUGCUAAAAUAUAUGCAGUUCAAGGAUUUUGCAAGGAUCUUUUGGGUGUUGCUGAUAUAUUAGGCAAAGCAACUGAAAGUGUACCAAAAGAUGAACUUACUGAACAAAAUCCUCAUCUUAAAUCACUCUAUGAAGGUCUCAGAUUAACUGAAUCUGAAUUACACAAGGCAUUUAAAAAACAUGGAUUAGUAUCUAUGAAUCCACUUGAUGAAAAAUUUGAUCCAGAACAACACGAGUCAUUAUUUCAACAAAAAGUUGAAGGUAAAGAGCCUGGAACAAUUGUUGUCGUUUCAAAAGUUGGAUAUAAACUUCAUCAAAGAGUUGUCAGACCAGCUCUUGUGGUUAUUGCAAAUUAAUAUAUUUAAAAAAAAGAAAUAAAAAACUUUUUUAAUCUUAAUCAACAA